CUCCAGCCACCGGCCACACCUCCCCAUCCUCUCAAGUGCAGUGUCUCAAUUUCAUUUAUCUUCAUCUAGUUCGCCGCUUUUCUCUUUCAGCUGUGGUUGAAGAUGUCGGGACGUGGCAAGGGAGGCAAGGGCUUGGGAAAGGGAGGAGCAAAACGUCAUCGUAAGGUGCUUCGCGACAACAUUCAGGGAAUCACGAAGCCGGCGAUUCGCCGUCUGGCUCGCAGAGGAGGCGUGAAGCGUAUUAGCGGCCUGAUCUACGAGGAGACACGCGGCGUCCUCAAGAUCUUCCUGGAGAACGUGAUCAGAGAUGCCGUCACCUACACCGAGCACGCUCGCCGGAAGACUGUCACCGCCAUGGAUGUUGUGUAUGCUCUCAAAAGGCAAGGCCGUACUCUCUAUGGGUUCGGCGGUUAGGAUAGUUCUGUGAAGUAAUUAGGGUUUCUGAUUUGGUGCCCUUUGUAAUUACAAGUAGUAGUAAUUUUCUUUUCGGGGAAUACGUCAUGGUCUGGUACAUUCUCUCUUUCGGUUAUGCCAUGGUUAAUGGAUGCGUCGUUGUUUGCUGUUGGAAACGAAAAUCGCGUCUGUUCGAGAUUCUGUGCAAUGGCCUUCGAUUGGUCUGUUAUUCGUGCAUUUAUCACGUGAUUGAAUUUA